AUGAAGGACGGACGGCACCACCAGGACACCAGGACAGCUUUCGCAGUGCAUAGACCGGAUCCCACUGCGACCCAUCACCACUACUUGACGCGUCGCAAGGGGUCCUUAGCAGCACAAGAGUUCAAUGAUGCCUUUCCAAUUGCAAAACGCGGAUGGUUUAUCUUUGAAAAUGAGCAUCGGCCUAGCUUAGCAUCCGUCUCGACAGACCGUCAGCCAUUAAUGCGAGCGGAGACCUCAUCAUCGAUGGAAGCGAGACCGAUCAUCUCGUCUCGUUCACAUCGCUCUUUCAGUGACAAAUAUGGUCGGUGCCUGGAGAUCUUACACUAUGGCACCAACACUACUGUCCGUCUUCACCGAUACACGACCGAAGGGGGCCAACCGCAGCGUCUCGUCGCUGUCAAAGUCUACCGAUACAACAUUACAGACUCCUCAAGCCCUCCACCUUCGUCGUCUUGUGAUACUUCCACCAUCGCCAAUCUACAACCUCGUCACCCGAACAUCCUCUCCAUCAACGACCUCAUCCACAACGAACGGUCCGAGCUCUGUCUCGUAAUGCCCUUUUGUGCAGGGGGCGAUCUUCACGAAUUACUCGCCCGCAAUGGUCCCCUACCAACAUAUGAAGCCGACUGCAUCGUCACUCAGAUUCUCCGCGCCCUGAGACUUCCUCCACCAGCAGGACACAGCACACCGCGAUAUCCGACUCGAAACAGUCCUCUUGACGAGAAAUGGAGCUGUCAAGUUAGCUGGCUUUGGAGACAGCCAUAUUCAGCGCCUGUGGUCACAAUGCGCUACACCACCAGAGCCAGACGAUGA